AUGGUGGGUCGAAAAAAUACUCCCGAAUCAAAGGGCAAGUAUUGGUGUGUUGUACCAGGGUGCAAUUCCGAUUCAAGAAAGAAAAAUAAACUAGAUAAAUAUCCUUGGAUGGAGGAUGUCUCCUUUGAACCCUUCCCAACGAAACGCAAAGAGCCAAAACUUCGAGCGAAAUGGAUCACCAUGAUACGGCGCCCCAAAGAAUGUGAACCUUUAGCUCAUCACAGAGUUUGCACGAAACAUUUCGUAGGAAAUUGUCGCUCAGAAAAUCAUACAAUCCCAGAACUUUUCCCAUGGAAUAAUUACAAAUCAGUAUCUACAACAAAACCCCUGUCUAUUGAGAAGCGAGAACGAGCAAUGGAGCAAAGUGCAACAGCACCUGCAUUCCAAGACAAGGAAAACUCAGACCCAGCACAUAUGCUGCAAGUAUCAUCGUCAUCUCAGCAGCACGUACCAGUAGACAUAAGUGUGGGCCUGCCAUUUGCUGUGUAUGAAACAGUUGUAGAGUCUUGCAAACUUUCAGAGUCAGGUGCAUUCUUUUGUAACUUAAAGAAACCUCUUGUAACCAAGUGA